GUAUAAUUGUAAAAUCUAAUUUUAACCAAACAUAAACGGUUGGUAAUAAACUACUUUAUCAUUUUAUUGUUUUAAAAAAUAUCAUACAAAACAUAGAUACAAAACAAAUUUAUUUUAAUCAUGAAAUUGGACAAAAUGUUCCCAUGUUGAAGAAUUGAAGAAUGUGGGCUCUGUGUCUUUAAGAAGGCUGCGCCUGCUGUUCUGACUCUCAUCUCUCUCUGUACCUGCCCGGGUCCGCUCGCGCUCGGAUUAUUUCACACCAGGCCACAGGAAGAGCAUGUGUGCAUUUACACAUGAGAGGAUUCAUAACAACCGCUUAAAAUCGUCCAGAGGGUCCGCUGCCGGUUAAAAUGAAUGCGUUUAUGUUUUUAAAUAUACGCGUUAUAUAGUUUUAUUUUAAUAUUGCUCCUGAAACCUGUACGAUCAAGCGUGUGUCUCGAGGGUUUCUGCUUAUGCGAAAAUGUUCGUUUAAAACGAGGACCCUGGAUUUAUAUAUCGCGUAUAUUCUCGUAUUUAUAAAACAUGCACGUACGAUUGGAUAUUGCAAGUGAGGCGUUUUUAUAAAGCUUUUGAUUUGCAAACAUUUGUCCGGAAUACAAAUCAGUUCGUGCCCAGCCUUUCAUUUUCUCAGAUAGAUUCCUUAACAUAAUCUUAUAAUAAUUAUACUCUAAUGCUUCGAUUUUUACAAAAAAACGUUUUAAUUCAGUGGUGUUAUCGAAACACUGCACUAUGAUAGAUCAGUGUUGAACAUUUCACUGUGAAACUGUCUCUCCUUGAGAAAGAAUCAUGAUGAUGGCAAAGCAUUGUCCUAAUGAUGACCUAAGCAAGGUCUCUGAUGAUGAACUGCUAAGAUGGAGCAAAGAGGACUUGAUCAAGAGACUGAGACGGGUCGACGGCGAGAAGAUGAACCUGAUGCUGGAACACGGGAACAUGAUGAAGGACAUCAACCGUAGACUGCAGGUGCACCUCCACGAGAUCCGUAACCUAAAGGAGAUCAACCAGAAACUGCAGGACGACAACCAGGAGAUUAGGGAACUGUGCUGCUUUCUGGACGAUGAUAGGCAGAAAGGUAAGAAGCUGUCACGGGAAUGGCAGAGGUUUGGGAGGUAUACGGCGGGCGCCGUGUGGAAGGAGGUUAGCGCCUAUCAGCUGAAACUUAAGGAGCUGGAGGUCAACCAGGAGAGCGUUUUGCGGGAGAAUGCGGAACUGAAGGAGAUCAUACUCAUGUUGGAUGAAGAUAGAAAUGGAGCUGGAUCUAGAAGCUCUAUAGACAGCCAGUCCAGCCUCGGCAACCUGAAUGGUGGUUCUGGAAAUGUACGAGAUGUUGGUGAUGGGAGCAGUACGUCCAGCGGUGGGAGUGCAGGCAGCCCAGACCAUCAUCAUAACCAUAUACAUAAGGCAGUAGAGAACAAGAUCGGCACCAUAAGACGAUCGAUGGACGAUCUGUCCACUCAACAUCUUCACAGGACUAUCCCCAAUGGAGUCAAUGAUCCAUCCUCCAACUACAUUCGGCUGUUGGAAAACAAAGUCCGUAUUCUAGAAGACAAUAACAACAAACUGCUGUCACAGCCAUGUGGCCGUUAUAGCUUGUCACAGAUACCUAUGAAGUGUACUCCGGGGGACCUGAGAGCUUUGAGGAAGAACAUGACCCUCUACCAUUCAGAAUCACAGCUGACCUCUCUGCCCCAGCGUCAAGAAGCCCUGCUCAAUGGGACAGGAAGACUCCCAACCAGUGAAUCUUCACCAUCCACAGGGUUUCUCUCAUCUGUACAGAAACCUGAGGCUGUGGUCCAUGCCAUGAAGGUUCUGGAGGUCCAUGAUAAUCUCGACAAGAAGCUCCCAGAAGAAAAUGAGGAAGACCUGAGUGAAAAAGAAAAGGCCAUAGUACGAGAGAUGUGCAAUGUUGUUUGGCGUAAGCUUGGCGACGCGGCGGGAUCAAAGCCAUCCAUUCGACAGCAGCUCUCUGGAAACCAGUUCAAAGGUCCUCCAUAGCAGCUCCAAUGAGGAUGAACGUUCUUCCUUCUGAUCCUCACCCAUCAGACUCCAGCAGGGCCAAACUGAGCAACUGUUACCGCAAUGAACUGACAACAUAUACUUUCCCGAAUCAUCAUUUGUAGUCUCACGUUAACACGGGAUCAUUACACAACAGUGUUCAGAUGUAGUACAUUCAGUGUCACCCAGAGCAAUAAUGAGCAUAAAAUCCAUCAUAUACGUUAUUUUCUAUUAUAGUGGAUACUUAGUUCAAUCCAUGGCCCCGCCCCAAAUGUGCCCUUGAUUUACCCAUUUGGAUUAUCACCAAUAGACUUGCAAGAGGGACCCUGAGGGCGCCAUUCGAGACCGAGCUCAUAAAAUGUUCAUAACCGGCAGCUAGUCAUAUUUAGUCGACUUGCUUCGUUACUUAUUUGCAAAACAGUGAUGUGAAAACUCAUGUCUUUGUCCUUCCAACCUUCUGGAAGAUUUCACUGAACUUCUUUCACAACAAAGUGGGCAUUAUCUGAACCCUUCACUCCAUUGUGCUCUUUUCUCCUGUACAGCAGUAAUAUUACCCAAAUGACUCUGAAUCACACUGUAAGAUAUGUAUGAAAAGCAUCAAUCACUUUAUUAUUAUGUUAUUAUGUCUUUAUAGGUGUUUUUACUUGUUUUGUAGUGGCUGAUUUUUAGGUAUGCUACUUGAACGACGAUUGGGGUUUUCUUAACAGCGCCAGAAUUUUUGCAGCACAACUUUAGAUAUGUUCUCUGUGAUUUUCUGUAUGUAGAAACGUUGACAAGCUCUCUCUACCAAAAGCUGUUUUUGUAAGUUAAAGAUGUCAAAUUUUAAAACUGUGUGCAGCGCAGGCUCGACAAUCACGUCUCUCAGGUCUGGGGAAUUGACACGCGUACAACGUAAUACGGCUUGACACAAUACAUCUGUCUUGUCCAGCACUUCUUUAGAUAUGUCCUUGAUUAUAAUUGCUUAAGAACAGCCUGUGACAUCCAUUUUUAUUAACCUGCUGCCAGUCACACUUAAGAUAUGGACAGAAAUGAACUCACGUGAUUUGCGACAGCGCUUGAGCACACAAGUGACCUCUACAUGGAAAACAUUGCAAAAAGCAGCGGCUGUAAACGGGAUAAAAGACAAAAAUUGUCAGAGCAACACAUUGAUUGAAAGACCAUCAUUCACAAAUUCUGCCUUUGUGUUUAUGAAAGUGAAAAAGGAAGCAUAUUUCGUCUGUUCAUGUCAUUAAUGUAACGCAUGACUAUUUUACAGUUAAACUUACAUAAAAGCAUACUAAGAUCCCUCUUUUCUUGCUUAAUUUUCCAAACAGUGUCAAAACAAUGUCUAAUAUAUAUCACAUCAGAAUUGUUUUGAUUCAUGCACGCGUUUGAUUUGACCCCACCUUACACAAAAACAAGAUGCUAAUGUUCUUAAUGAAAAGCUGCAAUCAAAAUCCUCCAGAUAAAGUGCCCUUUCUCGUGAGAAACAGUCAGAAAACAAAGCCAUGAUUUUUGGGUGAUUUUAUUUGGCAUGUGCUGCCUCUUUUGCGCAUGAGGUUUUAUUUGAAGCGUAUGCUGCCUGUACCCUCUACCCUGUGUUUUAUUGUGUGUUAAGGUUUAUGUUGUCUUCAGUGUUAAUAGGGGAAGCAUGUCUGCAGAUUCCUGCACAAGUCGGGAGAGAUGAGGCUGGUAUUUUAUGGCAAACACGUAAAGAAAAAAGUUGUACAAAGAGAAAACAGACCAAUUUUAUCAAUAAACAUAAUAUUGCUUAA